UGGCAGAGGGCGGGACUCAGCCACGAUACACAUGAAGCGAGCGCCCUACUUCUGGCGCCCUGGAAGACCCGACCCGGCCCCGCGUACCCCUGAGCUCCCGCCUGGCAGUGUUCCCGGGCUGCCUUGCGCUGAGGUCCUGCUGGAGUCGCGACUUCCGGUCCCCUCUCCCAGCACAGCAUCUCGCUUCCCGGUGGCCACUGGGCGAUGAGUGCCGACAACCGCGGGGUGACUGACAGGUGUGUGCUUUGACUGACAGAGGACGCCACGCCCCCGCCACGCCGACCUGCCACUCAUCGGAAUCAGCGCCACUCCUCGGCCACGCACCUGCCUCGCCCCGCGUGCCACUGACCCCGUGACCCCGCUGACUGACCCCCGUGACUCAGACUCCACUGCCCCGGCCCACGGACUCAGCCUUUAGUCACUGAGCUGGUCCUGCCCCCUGACGUCAUCCUGAAGGGUAAACAACGGCGGUCCUGCCCCAUCUCUGUCAAUCACGACCGCGGUCGGGGUUUCGUGCAUGACGUCACCUGAGCGACAGCCCGACACCUCUGUGACCAAGGUCACUGACAGCCGCCGGCGCCAUGCUUGUUGGCGUCUCUGUCCAUCACCUGGCGACUGCUGGCCCCGCCCUGACGUCACCCACUACCCGAGGGGGAGUUUCCCCGGCUCCGCCCUGCCUGAUGACGUCACCUGGAAUCCCAGGAGCGAUGACCCCGCCCACACCCGGACGUGCUGCUGAAGUGGUAAAGAAUGUCCACGCCGCGCGGCCCCGCCCCCUGAUGUCACCGGGUAAACACCGCCGGCCCCGCCCCUGGCGCAUGACCCGUGACCCGCGGGUAUAACUGCCCCGGGCGGGGGCGGCGGCGCCGAGAGUUCUUGCCCCAGGCUGCCGCCGCCGCCAGCCCUGUGACCCGCGACCUGGCCAAGACUGUGACCCUCGACCUGUGACCUCCGACCUCUAACCCCACUGUGACUGGUGAGAGAGCCUGGGCUAUGGGGAGAGAGAACAAGAGGCAAGGAAGCUCGGCAUGGAGAGAAGGAGGCCAGCCUGGGCUACACAAGCCAGGACAGUGAGAGGGACUACGAUGCCCCGCCCCUCCCCUGCAUGGCUCCUCCCCCCGCUGCUGGCCCUGCUCUGCACUGCCCACGCCCACCCUGGGCCCAACUUCGUCAUCAUCAUGGCAGACGACCUCGGCAUCGGCGACCCUGGCUGCUACGGGAACCAGACACUAAGGACGCCCAACAUCGACCGCCUGGCCCGGGAGGGUGCGAAGCUCACGCAGCACCUGGCCGCCGCCCCGCUCUGCACGCCCAGCCGCGCCGCCUUCCUCACGGGGAGAUACGCCAUGCGCUCAGGCAUGGCGUCACGUGGCAUCAUGGGCGUGUUCCUCUUCUCUGCUUCAUCGGGCGGGCUCCCAACCAGUGAGGUCACAUUCCCGCGCCUGCUGCAGGAGCAGGGCUACGCCACUGCGCUAGUUGGGAAGUGGCACCUGGGCCUGAGCUGCCACUCACCAACUGACUUCUGCCACCACCCACUGCGCCAUGGCUUCUCGCGCUUCCUGGGCACACCCACCACCAACCUGCGCGACUGCAGGCCGGGGGGCGGCACCGUGCUGGGCCCCGCCCUGCGGCUGGUGUGGACCCUGACACUGGGCACGCUGGGGGCAGGGCUGGCCUCGCUGUGGGCGUGGCGGACACUAGGGGCAAGAUGGUGGGGUGUAGGACCAGUGCGGGUACCCCUGUGGGCGUGGUCGGCAGUCGCGGUGGGCGUGGCUGGGGUGGUGGGCGUGUCCCUUCUCGCAUUCCGCGCCCACUUCCGCCUCGCGAACUGCUUCCUCAUGGCCGACCUUGCCAUCGCUCAGCAGCCCACGAACUACAGUGCGCUCACUCAGCAACUCACGGACGAGGGGCGGGACUUCCUGCGCAGGCACGUGGCCACACCCUUCCUGCUGUUCAUGUCCUUCCUGCAUGUGCACACUGCACACUUCGCAGGCCCAAAGUUCGCCGGGCGGAGCCAGCAUGGCGCUUAUGGCGACAGCGUGGAGGAGAUGGACUGGGGAGUCGGGCGGAUUCUCGACGCACUGGAUGAGCUCGGCCUUGCCAAUAACACGCUUGUGUACUUCACGUCUGACCAUGGCGCACACGUGGAGGAGGUCGGCGAAGGCGGGGAGCGGCAUGGCGGGAGCAAUGGCAUCUACCGGGGCGGCAAGGCCAACAACUGGGAGGGCGGCGUCCGUGUCCCCGGCCUCGUGCGCUGGCCCAGCGUGAUCGCGCCCGGCCUGGAGAUUGAUGAACCCACGAGCAACAUGGACGUCUUUCCCACGGUGGUGCGACUCGCGGGGGCGGAGCUGCCAGGCGACAGGGUGAUUGAUGGGCGGGACCUGAUGCCAUUGCUUCGCGGGCACACGCAUCGCUCCGAACACGAGUUCCUGUUCCACUACUGUGGGGCCUACCUCAACGCCGUGCGCUGGCACAACGGCAGCUCCGUGUGGAAGGCCUUCUACUUCACGCCCAACUUCGACCCCCCGGGCUCCAAUGGCUGCUUCUCCACACACGUGUGCUUCUGCUUCGGCAAGUACAUCACGCGCCACGACCCUCCGCUGCUCUUCGACCUCGCCCGCGACCCGGGUGAGCGCCGACCUCUGACCCCUGAGGCGGAGCCGCGCUACCACGAGGUCCUGCGCACCAUGGCCGAGGCCGCGCGUGCGCACACAGCGACCCUGGACCCCGUGCCCGACCAGCUCUCCCUGGCCAACGUGGCCUGGAAGCCAUGGCUGCAGCUCUGCUGCGCGUCCCGGCCACACGUGUUUGCGUGUCGCUGCGCGGAUGAUGAUGGCCAGGGCAGGCCUGACAUGUGACGCCAUCACCCCUGAGCCCCGCCUACUACACCCCCGGGCGCCGGCCGUGCUCACGCCGUUUGGGGGUCAACGGUCAUGCUGCCCCGCACACAUGUGUCUGCACUUGAGACACGCGUGUGCAGGCCAACCGGCAGGGCCGUGUCUGUGGCUGCGAUGUCUGGGGUCAGAGGCAGCCAGAGGUCUCCACCCCAAAGGCAUUCGCAUGCACAUUCACACUCUGCCUAUGCCAGCACACGCCCCACACAUGCUAACACACGGGUACAUGAAGGACACCAUGCCACCUCACCCUGCCGCUCAGUGUUAUGGGCCCUGAGUCUGACGCCAUGGACAGACUGAAGCUCUCCCACGCAUACAGGUAAACACGUAUGAACCGCGCACACCGCCCAGCCCUUCAGUAUUGCAGUGAAAGACACGGAAGCCGGCAACUCCUCGCACACGGGAGAAUUGCCAAGCACGACGCGGGUCAAACACCUGAUCUGUCAAACCCUCACAUGCGUGUUCCCACCUGGGGACCCAAGUAAUCCCAUGAUCCUCCUGAAUAAACGAAGGUCUCUCCCAUGA